CCGCCUCCGCUCUCGAGGCCGCCGCCGUCGCCGCGCAGAGCCGGAGCAAGAGCCACGGCCGAGAGGAGGGAGGAGGUGGAGGAGGAGGUGGAGGAGGCGCCGGACCGGGGGGGAUAGAUUCCCAGAAGUGGGAUAACUGGAUCAGAGGGUGGUUACCCUGUGUAUAAGAGUGUGUGUCUCACUGCACCUUCAAUGGCAUUGAGUAGAUUGUCAGUAUUUAAACAGACCACAUCAUGCGUGAGUACAAGCUAGUGGUCCUUGGUUCAGGAGGCGUGGGGAAGUCCGCUCUGACAGUUCAGUUUGUUCAGGGAAUUUUUGUUGAAAAAUAUGACCCAACGAUAGAAGAUUCCUACAGAAAGCAAGUUGAAGUAGAUUGCCAACAGUGUAUGCUCGAAAUCCUGGACACAGCAGGAACAGAGCAAUUUACAGCGAUGAGGGAUUUGUAUAUGAAGAAUGGCCAAGGGUUUGCACUAGUAUAUUCUAUUACAGCUCAGUCCACGUUUAAUGACUUACAGGACCUGAGGGAACAGAUUUUACGAGUUAAGGACACAGAAGAUGUUCCAAUGAUUUUGGUUGGCAAUAAAUGUGACCUGGAAGAUGAGCGAGUAGUUGGCAAAGAACAGGGUCAGAAUUUAGCAAGACAGUGGUGUAACUGUGCCUUUUUAGAAUCUUCUGCGAAGUCAAAGAUCAACGUUAAUGAGAUAUUUUAUGACCUGGUCAGACAGAUAAAUAGGAAAACACCAGUGGAAAAGAAGAAGCCUAAAAAGAAAUCCUGUCUGCUGCUUUAGACCCACAGUAAGCAGCAGCUCUGAGCCAGAUUACAGGAAUGAAGAACUGUUGCCUAAUUGGGAAGUGCCAGCAUUCCAGACUUCAAAAAUUAAAUCUGAAGAGGCUUCUCCUGUUUUAUAUAUUAUGUGAAGAAUUUAAAUCUUAUAUUGGUUUGCACAAAUUCCCUGGAGAAAAAAAAUAAUUGCUCUGUGUAUAUCUCUUGGAAAAUAAGACAAUAGUAUUUCUCCUUUGCAAUAGCAGUUAUAACAGAUGUGAAAAUAAAUAUACUUGACUCUAAUAUGAUUAUACAAAAGAGCAUGGAUGCAUUUCAAAUGUUAGAUAUUGCUACUAUAAUCAGAUGAUUUCAUAUUGACCUUUUUAUCAUGAUUCCUCCCUGUCAGGCACUAAAAGUUGAACCAUUAUACUUUAUAUCUGUAAUGAUAUAGAUUAUGAAAUUUCCCCUCAAACUCAUUGCAGCAGAUAACUUUUUGAGUCAUUGACUUCAUUUUAUAUUUAAAAAUUAUGAAAUAUCAUUCUGUCAUUAUAUUCUAAUUAAAAUUGUGCAUAAUGCUUUGGAAAAAUGGGUCUUUUAUAGGAAAAAAACUGGGAUAACUGAUUUCUAUGGCUUUCAAAGCUAAAAUAUAUAAUAUACUAAACCAACUCUAAUAUUGCUUCUUGUGUUUUACUGUCAGAUUAAAUUACAGCUUUUAUGGAUGAUUAAAUUUUAGUACAUUUUCA